AUGCUCUCUGGCGGGUGCUACCAGCCGCAGUACAGCGGCAACUGCUCCGCAGCCUUCAGCGGUGCCACCACCACGGGGUACCACCCAGCGCACCACCACCAUCACCACCACGUGCACCACCACGGUCAGGUCCACGCGGCGGGCACCCCCUUCUCCGUCAAGGACAUCCUGAACCUGGCGGCGGCCAACGAGCAGCAAGCUGCGAGCCAGUUCUUCCCCGUCAUGGACGUCAGCUUCGCCUUCGACGAGUGCUCCGCAGCUGGCACCACCUUCACGGCAAGCAACAACAACAACAUCUGUAACGUCGCGAACAACAACAAUAACAUCAACGGCUCCCUGAUCGGUGGCAGCGCAGUGAACGGCACGUCCGGUUUCUGCGACGGCAACGCCCCUCUCGAUCCGUUCGCUGACCUGUACUACUCCACCGGGUACGCAGGGGGAGGCGCCGGCGGGAAAGUGUCGGUGUCUGUGGAGGGCUUUUGCGGAGGCGGCGGCGACGUGGACCAGUCGCUCACGUCGCCGCACGUGCAGCAGCUGAGCCACCUGUGUCCGCCAUACCCGGAGCAGCAGCCGUCGCACGUGCACCAACAACUGCAGCCACAGCAGCAACACACCCAGCCAGGCGCGGUUGAAAGCGACAAGACGGUGCGAACAGAUUCCAAAAGGAGCCAGACUGGUCAGCAUCGCCAAAGGAUUAAGAGGAAGCCCAGAGUGCUCUUCUCGCAGGCGCAGGUGCACGAGUUGGAGCGACGCUUCAAGCAGCAGCGCUACCUGUCGGCCCAGGAGCGCGAGCACCUGGCGUCGCACCUCAAGCUGACAUCGACGCAGGUGAAGAUCUGGUUCCAGAACCGCCGCUACAAGAACAAGAGGCAGCGUCUCCUAGAGGGCGCCACCGCAGCCGCCGCCGCACAGCAGCAACCGCGGCGCAUCGCGGUUCCGGUGUUGGUGCGCGACGGCAAGCCGUGCGCCAGCCCGCCGCCCCCGCAACCGCCCCCGCCAGCCUACCACCUGCCUCUGGCUGCCACCGCCGCCGUCAAAGCCGAGGAGGAGUCAUUCCUGUGCCACGGCUACCCCACGGCCUCCACCCCCGGCGCUCUGCAGUUCGACCAGCCGCCGCCGCCGCCGUCGCCCCCAGGUCUGGACGUCUUCAGCCGCCAGGAUGCUGCCCCCUACUGUGCGGUAGUAGACGCCCACCAGCUGAGAGCCUGGUGA